GAAAGCGCCACUGUCACGACGUCACUCGUGUAUCUAUAGUUUCCUUCUGUUUUGAAACCCAAGCUUAGUGAAAUAGUUCCUUGAGAAUUAUUGUAAAGGAUAUCAAGAAGUGUAUUUAUUAUAGUGCGAAUCUACAGAUUUUCUGCGAUGGAAAAGAGGGUCGCCUUGGAAUCCAGAGGGAGGAAUCCUUCACAGCUGAAAGAACUAAAUUUGGACAAUUGUCGGAGCACCAACAUUCUUGGACUCACAGAUGAAUUUGUCAAUCUUGAAAUUCUCAGUCUCAACAAUGUCGGUCUCACAACAUUAAAAGGUUUCCCAUCACUCCCAAAGUUGAGGAAGUUGGAACUGUCUGAUAACAGAAUUUCAAAUGGUCUAAAUUUCCUCAAUGGCUGUAAGAAGCUGACACACUUAAACUUGUCAGGCAACAAAAUCAAAGAUUUAGAAACUCUGAAGCCAUUGGAAGAAUUUGAAAAUUUGAAAAAUCUUGACCUUUUUAAUAAUGAAGUUACCUGUAUUGAAGAUUACAGGAGUAAGGUGUUUGCGUUACACCCAUCAUUAAAGUAUUUAGAUGGAUUUGAUAAGGAAGACAGAGAGGCUGAAGACAGUGAUGCAGAAGAAGAAGAUGAAAUGAAUGGAAAUAAUGAUAGUGAAGAAGAUGGCUCUGAUGUAGAGGAGGAAGAAGAUGACGAGGACAUCUCACUUAGUGCAGUCUAUAAUGAAAAUCUUGAAGAAGAGAGCUCAGCAAGCUCAUUGUAUGAAGGCAGUGAUGUAUCUGAGGAGGAGGAUGUAGAUGAAGAAGAUGGUGAUGGUGAGAAUGAUGCAGACGGAGAGCACAAUAAUAAGGUGCAAGAUGGCGAGGAAAAUGCAGACGGUGUGCCUGAAGAAAGUACUCGGGGUAAAAAACGGAAACACGAGGACGACGAUGAGAAUUGAGAGUUGCCUUAAGCGGAGUUAUCUUACUAGUUUGUAAGUGUACAGCGCUCCGAUGCAUCGGACAAUAAACCUGGGCCUAUACCACGAUCACUUAAAUUCAAUUAAGUUCCCGUAGGAUGAGUGCAUGCUACAAUAACUGUUAAUAAGAAUGGCACACUCGGAGGAAUAGUGAAUUUUGGAGGUCGUAGUUAGAGCCACA